AAGUCAAGAGUGACACAAUCACAACAGAUGUUUUUUGACGGUCAGGAAGGAUACUUAGAGUUUCCACGACCGUGUGUGAUAUGCUGGAUUUUGUCAAGGUUACCACGUUCUGACACCUCUUAAUCUAGACAAACUGAAGAUACCGGCUGGGAAGGAUCUUAUCACUGUAAACAUUGACUUUCUAUAAAACUGAAGGGCAGCGGUCAUUGGGAGUUUCAUCAGGUGAUGGCAGUUGUCAGAACCUAGCUGAGUGACUGUCAUGGAGAACAUCUGCCGGCCUCUGCUGAGCUCAGAGCAGGCUGGGGAGAACUUCUCGCACAGAGGCUCCACAGACUCACUGGACGCUAGAGCUAAAAGACCUUUUCACGUGGAGCCUAGAAACAUCGUAGAUGAUGAACCGCAGGAGCGUGUGUCAGCCGAGGCUGCCAUCCUCAAUAGCAGAGUGCAAUACUACAGCAAACUAACUGGCUCUUCUGACAGGCUACUGAGUCCACCCAACCAUGUGAUCCCCCGGACAGAGGAGCUCUACAUCUACAGUCCACUGGGGACAGCUUUUAAGGUGUCAGGAAAAGACCAUACGACUAAAAACCCCAGUAUCAUCACCAUAUUUGCAAUAUGGAACACGAUGAUGGGCACAUCCAUACUCAGUAUACCUUGGGGUAUAAAGCAGGCUGGUUUCUCUCUUGGGAUCCUCAUCCUUAUCUUCACAGGCUUAGUUAUGCUGUAUUGUUGUUACAUUGUCCUCAAAUCACCAAAGGCAAUACCCUAUGCGGACACAUCCGACUGGGAAUUUCCUGAUGUCUGUCGGUACUACUUUGGAAAGUUUGGCCAGUGGUCCAGCUUAGUCUUCUCAAUGGUGUCUCUAAUUGGAGCGAUGGUGGUUUAUUGGGUCCUCAUGUCCAACUUCCUCUACAACACUGGCCAGUUUAUCUACAACUAUGCUCAUCAUAUUAACACAUCAGAUUCAGAGUUUGGGACGAAUGACACGGACAGAGUAAUUUGUCCAUACCCAAAUACUGACACUGAAGGGAAUUGCACCUUAGUAACACAUUACAUCCAUACCAGUGGAAAUGAUACAUCUGAGGUCAACUUUGAACACUGGUGGAGCAAAACCAACACCGUACCACUCUUCCUCAUCAUUCUACUGCUUCCCCUACUUUGCUUCCGCUCAGCCUCCUUCUUUGCAAGGUUCACCUUCUUAGGCACCAUAUCAGUGAUCUACUUGAUUAUUCUGGUCACAAUGAAAUCUGUUCAUCUUGGCUUUCACCUUGAGUUCCACUGGUUGGACAGGACCAAGUUUUAUGUUCCAGAAUUCCGGCUGCUCUUUCCUCAACUGACAGGUGUCCUCACGCUGGCUUUCUUCAUUCACAACUGUAUCAUCACACUGAUGAAGAACAACAAGCAUCAAGAGAACAAUGUACGGGACCUGUCUGUGGCUUAUCUCCUUGUUGGGCUGACGUACCUCUAUGUGGGAGUGUUGAUCUUUGCUACUUUUCCAUCACCUGCUCUCAGCAAAGAUUGCAUUGAACCAAACUUCUUAGAUAAUUUCUCCAGUGGUGAUGUUCUGGUUUUUGUGGCUCGGACCUUCCUGUUGUUCCAAAUGAUCACAGUCUAUCCAUUGCUCGGAUACUUAGUGCGAGUCCAGAUGAUGGGCCAGAUUUUCGGCAAACAUUACCCCAGUUUCUUCCAUGUCCUCAUUCUGAACAUCUUGAUUGUUGGAGCUGGUGUCCUGAUGGCAAAGUUUUAUCCCAACAUUGGAUCCAUUAUUCGGUUUUCUGGAGCAACUUGUGGCUUGGCUUUGGUGUUUGUUUUCCCGUCCUUGAUCCACAUGAUCUCCUUGAGACGACAGAGUGCCCUCCGUUGGCCGUCAGCGGUCUUCCACAGUUUUCUCAUCUUGUUGGGUAUGACCAACCUGGUCGCUCAGUUCUUCAUGUAGACUCCACCUUCGCUGAUUUAAACAUGUAAUGGGUAUUUUAAUCUGUAAAUGUAAUAAAGGAUAAUACAAGUGUGUUGUGUUAUGACAACAGUGUGCCUUCAUCAACCUUUUGUCAUUUCUGGUAAUCAAAAAAGGACAUUUGCAGCAUCCACCUGGAAUCUACUGACAUAUCUUGUUCUAUCUUUCAAUCAGUGAAAGUCACGUGAUGAAGGGAAGCAACUUUGUUUGAUUAUUAUUGCUCAGAAGAGUAACCUGAGUUUAUCCUCUGUGUUUAAAAUUUGUAUCACAGUCGCUAAAAUAUGAAUUGUUAGGGUGGGUCACAAUGACUACGUAUAGGUUCUAAGGGAUGCAUAUUUAAUUUUUUUUAAUUAGUUCCUUUACCUUUAGGAUAAAUGUAUUACUUUACAGUUAUUUUAUCAUCAUUAGAGAGCUAAUUGUUAGUGAUGACAGGGAACCCUUUUACUUUAUUAUACAAACUUUGUAGAUUCCAUGUUGUUUUUAACAGACUUUGUUUUAUAACCCAUCUUCUAAUGAUUCUCAUUCUACAUUCUGUGCUCUUCAUGCCGUUAUACUCUACAAUUUGUUUCAGCACACGACAUGACAAAGCGAACAUUUGAAAAAUAAAUCUGAUUAAAACUGUAG